AUGAAUCGCCUCCUGCUGCUUUUAGCGCUGGUUCUGUCCGGAGUCGCAGCCGAGUCGAUAAGAGAGACCGAGACAAUGGACCCCACGAGUAUGCUUGAGUAUGAAUCUUCCGGUUCUUUCACUGAUGAGGUCUUUGUUGAUGAGGAUGAUGAUGAUGAUUAUGAAGACGACGUUGACUAUGAAAUCGACUCUGAAUCUGACAAUGAUGAAGAUUACUCUGGUUCAGGUGAUGACGAUUUUGACGAUGAAGAUAAUGUUGAAGAUGAAGACGAGGAGGAAACGACCACUUUGGGCAACCAGAUUCCUGAACAUGAUUUUGACGAAACCAAAACUGGUAGGAAAUUUGACACAUUCAACGAGAACAACGAGAUUGACAAUGAUAUCCGGCACCCUGCUAAGCCCAAAACAUUGGAGCCAUCCAAUGAAAUCCCUAUGGCCAGCAUUGGGUCUUCAGGAUUCUUCCAGAGAACAGAAGUUAUUGUUGCAAUCAUUGCCGGCACGUUGGUUGGCCUGGUCGUUGCAGUUUCCUUCAUUGUAUUCUUAGUAAUACGGAGAAACCAAAACGGGGAUCUGGUGAAGAAACCCAUCUACAAGAAAACUUCGACAAUGGAAGUAUAG